CAAAGUCGUUGUGGAAGGAGUGUGCUGAGAGUGCUCAUCAGUUGUCCUUUUAACCUCGAAUAGUUCGCUAUGCUUGCUUGUUACUUGAAGUUUCUGCUGCCGUUCGCUCUGCUGCACAGCGUCGUAGGACGCGUGCUAAUGAUGCCCAAAUUCUAUGGUCAAGACAGUGCAAUAAUUGUUGAUACGGACAAAGCCGGACUACAGUCAAAGUUAAAUCCCAAGUUACAGAAUGCUUUCUACUACAACAUUCCUGUCUACAAGUUCUUUAAACCGGGUGCAAUGAUGCCAACAACGACGACGACGACCACAACGACACCAGCUCCCAUCAUGUCGAUGGAUGAAUAUCCAAGCGAUUUGCUGUACAUUGCACGCAAUAAACUGGGCCUAAAGCGCAUGGAUCAGUUGCCUAGUCUCAGUGAACUUGGCGAAUUACUGGGCACCGGCAACGCUGAGGAUACCAUUAAAUACAUACGGGCGCUAUCCUCCAACGAUCAGGGUAUCUCGCUUAUGAAAGCGUAUUUGGGUGCGCUGGACUAUGAUCAAUCUGGAGGAGAGGAGGACGAAUCCGAGGUAGAAACGCAGCGCAAAUACAAUGAAGAUGACAAUGACACCGACAACAACUCGGAAGUUGAAGCUGAUUAUGCUGAAGUGCCGUUGCAGCAACCAAAACUGGAGCGUGAGGAGAGCAGUCUGAUGCAACGUGUCAAUGAACUCAUGCAGCAAUAUGGGAUGUGGUCCGAGGAGACAACAACAACAACAACAACGACAACCAAAUCUCCAACUAUUGUGCCCCACAAGCCGACGCUACGUCCGUUGCCUUAUCAUUAUCCCAUUCCAUUGCGUGCCGCAACCUCAAGUGUGAGGAUUCCAAGCACCACCACAAGCACGACUACAGCGACGCCACAAGCGCCAAUGCCACCGCAUCUCAACUCGCCCAAGGUGUCGCCCACAGCCUCCUCUUCCUCCGUACCUGUUGCGCCUCAUAUUCAACAGCUUGCCCAGAUUGCCAACAUCCCGCCUGCUGUGUUGGAUACGUUUCUACAGCAGCAACCCAAGCUAGCCGAGUUGGCCAAGCGAGUGAGCCGCCUGCCUCUGGUGCAACAGCAUAGCAAAGCAAUUGAUGGACAACUCCUGGUGGCUGUGAAAAAAGCGCUUUCGCAGGAUGAG